CGUUAUUGUUAUUGGCCCCAAAAAUCCUGUAUCAGUCAAGCCCUUGUUACUAGUAUCUAGAAGUUAAAAAUUCCGGUAUCGUGGCAGCCUUAUAUUUAUCCUGGAGUUUAAAAGUAGCAUUUAUUAAGAGGUUGAAUUGAACACUCAAACCUUAAAACGCACCUUUACGCCUCGGCUUUUGGCUCUGCUUGAGAGUCGGCUUUUAUUCCUUCGAUCACUUCUUAGUAGUCUAAAAACGUUUUACCUUUUGAUGCACUUUGGUCACCUUUUGUUGUUUGUAAAUGUGAUUUAUAAAAACAUUAGGAUUGUAUUGGAUACAGUGUAAUCAUUAUUUUUGGUAUUGACUUUAAAUUCAAGUCCUCAUGAAUAUUGAUGUGUUUUAGUAACUGACUCAUGAUUGGCUAUUAAUUCAUCAUUGAUCUUUCCCCCCAAAUGAGUCGGGAGAUGUUCAAACUUCUAUCAUUCUUGAUGCACUUUUGGAAACUUGAUUUUUUUUUGUGAGGUUAUGUUUUAUGUUUUUAUUGUCGUCUCACAUUCUUGCUUAUUCCCGCAGAAGAUGGAGGGAGAGAAAGAGACGGCAGAGGAGAAGGAGGAAGAGGAGGAGGACAACAAGCUUCAUCAUCACAUCGCAGCCGCCUCCUCUGUGGACUACCCGGACCUUCCCAUCAUGCACUGGGACGACCUGAGUCAGAGGAUAGCGGAGUUGGAGAAACAGGAGCAGGAGAGGAGGGAAAAGUCAAAGAGAGGUGAGGUGAGGAUGGGGGAGAGCCACGGGGGAGUGUGGAGGGACGUGUGGGAGGAAGAGGAAGACUUCCGGAGGUGCAGAGUUGCUUCUGUCGCCUCACGAUUUCACAACCACAGAAACCUGCAGCUGUGCUUCAUCAACAACAGCGACAGUGAAGACGACGAGGAGGGAACCAAGAAAAAGGUUUCCAUGGGACCGGGGGGAAUCAGUUGCCAUGCCGCCGCCGGGUUGAAACAGGAAGUGAUCAUUGCCCUGAGGACGCUGAGAGACAAACUGCUGGCUGAACAGAAGGAGAAGGAGCAUCUGGCUGGCUGCAGCAAUGUUGCCAAGCGGAAACAUCUGGAGUGUUGGGAGCUUCAGGAGUGUUCAGAGAAACAGCUCCGCAGCCUGAGAGGGACACUUCAACAGGAAGUACACGCUCUGAGCUCCGAGCUGGUGGCUCACCUGUUGGUACGAGACCAGCUGAGGACGAAGCAGGACGCCAUGCUGCUGGACGUGCAGGACCUGACCUAACACCAGGACCACAGAAUACCCCGUGCAUGUGAUUCAAUGUGAACGUUUGGAUGCUUUGUGACCAGGAGAAGCUGCUCGCCCACGUCCGACCAGAAGUCUGUUUCCAGGACGACUAAUUAAAGAAAACUGACCAGCGAGCGAGCAGCGUUCAGGGAAACAAACGGAGAUCUGAAUGGAAGCUCUGCAAGUCCUUAAAAGUCGCUCAGCAUCGUCGAGAACAAAUGUUAGCUCAUAUCCAAGGGAAAGAAAAGCCUCUGCACGUGACGGCGCGUUCAUAUGGAACAACAAAGGUCGUAAACAAACAAUCACAUGUUGGUUUUUGUUGGGUAGUAGUAAUAUCUGUAUUCAAACAUUCCCAUCACGCCUCUCGCUCUGUAAAGGUGUUGAAUGUGAGUUUCAGGAAUUUUAGGGAAAUUUGAUUAGGAAUUUUUAAAUCCUCGGAAAUUUUCUUAGUAAUUAAGGGAACUUUUUGUUCAGAAAUUUUAGGAACCCUUUUCUUAGAUCUUUCAGAAGCUUUUGUCUGGAAUUUUCAUUUGAGUUUUCUGGUGAAUUUCCCGGAUAUUUCCCUGUGAGUUUUUUUUUUUCCAAGUUUUGACCGAAGUUUUCAGAAGCGUUCGUCAGAAGGUUUUUGUAAGUUUCCCCAGAACGUUUGUAAUUAAACUGAACUGUUUUAAAGUUUUGUAACCUUUAACCGAGAGCACAAAAUCAGUUGUACAAAUAUUAGAAAGAAUCUUGAAAAUCUGAAUUAAAUUUGGACUGCAGUACCCAUUUUAAACACUAGGGGUCAGAGUUACAUAUUGCUCCUUUAAAGAUCCUUGAAUUCAUUUCAUUGGCUGAUAUAGUAUUACAUUUAAAUCUUUAAGAUUUUAAUUAAAAACAAAACUUCCUUCGACAUAACAACAUUUCCCACAAUCAUUCAAACAAAAGGAUUUUUUAUUUCCUGUUUGUGAAAACUCGACUUUAAUAUGCAAAUAAGGGAUGUUAACUUAUCUUAUUUAAGUUUGAUUGUGUUUAAUACUUUUAUAUUUUUAUUAUAUUAAUAUGGGAACAUAACACUCACGCAGCACGUGUAGCGAGACGUAACCCAUGCCGUUUUAUAUUUCAUGUUUUAUUCUGAAAAAUCGUCUUGGAUGUCUCAGAUGAUCCUCUGCACCUCCAAAUAAAAGAAGGAGGAGUGCCGGUAGCGUAGCGGUUAGAUCGUGCGUCCCAUGUACAGAGGCUUUGGAACUCCAAGCGGGUGGCCCGGGAUCAAACCUGACCGCAUGUCAUUCCCCUCCCUCUCUCUCUCCAUCUGAUUUCUGACUCUUUCCACCGUCCUGUCUCUACAGUAAAGGCGCAAAAAGGCCAAAAAUAAAAGAAGUUGAUAUUGGAUUUUAGCGACUGCAACGUGGCCGUCCAUAAGUUUCAAAAGAUUUCCAACGAUGGAAUAUUUUCAGCAUUUGUGUUUGUAGUGAUUUUAAUGAUGGCGUGAAACCUCGUUUAACAAACGAUGCUAAACCCGUCAGGUACCGUCCGUGAUGACAUUAUAAUGAAGAGAUGAAUGCACUUAGUUUAAACAUCCCACCAACAUUCUCUGUUUUCUAUCCUCCUCAAAUGUUUUAUAUAUAUAUAUAAAGUAUUAGUCCUCGUCCACACGUAGGCGGGUCUUUUUGAACAUGUGGCUUUUUCUGUGCAUUUUGAUCUUUCAUUCGCAAAUGGCGUUUCAGGUCCCUGUAAACUCUCCUUUAGUAAAACUCCUUCCAGGGUGAAGAUGUUCAGAAACUACGUUUAAGGUGUUUCUGUGUGAGGACAUUGGGGGUCCCACCACACAAACCCCAUCGCUACGGUCGGCGGUUUUGGAUGAGACUCCGUUGGACUUUGGGAAGGUGGGAGAACUUUGACAAUGAAAUGGUCGUUGCGGAGGAAUCACCGCCUGUUGACUUGGCGUGCGUUGUUGCAUUUUCAUGUGGACGAAGAUGUUUUUGAGAACUGAGCGUGUGUGGACGAGGUUAUUUUUAAAAUAGGGUAGGAAACCUUUUUAAAAAAAUUCCUGCCUUCUUGUGGACUCGGCCUGAUUCUGACCUCAGUGAAUUAUUUUGGUGUUAAUCAGGGAUAUUCAGAUGAUUUAUAACGAGGCGUUUUUAAACCACUCCUACCAAUGUGGCCAGCUGCAGGAAUGAUACUGACUGAAUGUCGUACGGAUGUUACUGUAAAGAAAAUGUUUCUUAUUUUUAACGUAAAGCUAUAAACGACAUCUAAACAGUGUCGUAUGAAACGGGACAUAAAUACGAGAAGACUUUAAAAGAGUUAUACUUGGCGUUAAUGUGGUCGUGGAAAUUCGCUAACAAAGAAGCUAACAAUGUGAACGAUUUAUUAUUUCAUUGAGACCGUGGGCAUAUGUUAGAGAUGUGUUUUCAGAUGUAAAUAAAUACAUUUAAAAUAUAUUUUGUGAAUGUAAACAUUAACUCUGAAAUAUACUUUGAUGUCAAGCUACACAGAUUUUUUUGUGAACUUAUUUGUUUGUGUUUGAAGAAAGUGGCGUCCUCGGAUGUUAAAAGUGAAGCCAAUGCUAAAAGUGUAAAAUCCUGCAGUUCCUUGAGUGUCCACUAGAGGCUGGCUGCAGAAGCACAGGAAGUCACAUACACACCCAUUCAAAAAAGCCUGUUUUUACAGUAGAGAUUAACAUGUUUACAGCCUGGUUCAAAAAAACGAAUAGAUCUGAUUAGCUCAUGUCUCGAUCAACGUCACCCUGCAGGUGGCGCUGGAGUCCCAUGGCGGUCUCCAUGCUGGAAAUGGAACACACACAGAAAUGGUCUGAGGCGGGUUUUAAGCCUCCUGACAAACCAUCACACCGCACCCGCCUGUCAAUCAGGUCAGCUACACGUCUUAUUGUGAAUAACUCUUAUCCUUCAUCAAAUCAAAACUGAUGAGUCAUCAAAACAUUCACCCCCCCGUACAGUGUGUGGUGAUCGAGACAUGAGCUAAUCAGACCUGUUUGGUUUUUUGAACCAGGCUGUAAAAAUGUUAAUCUCUGCUGUAAAAACUGGCUUUUUAGAAUGGGUGUGUAUGUGACUUCCUGUGAUUCUGCAGCCAGCCUCUAGUGGACAUUCGAGGAACUGCAGGAUUUUACACUUCAGGAUCAGCUUCAUUUUUCAACACUGGAGGUUGCUGCUUCGUCGUAGGAGACACAUGGAGAGAACAUUUUCUAAAUCUUAUUUUAAGUGUUUAAUUCUUUAAUAAAUGUCGGAGGGAUUUUA